UCGACUCAGGGUCACACUUCGAACUAAAAUGGCGGGAGCUGUACACGAAUUUCAUCUUGUAAACAAAUUUUGUUAAUAAAAUGGUCAAAAAACGAGCAGCGCCAGAUAUUGGCGGCUCAGAUAUUAAGACCGCAACUAGACCCCAUCGUCUUCGUGGUAAAAAACUGUCGGAGAAAGAUAUUUUGGCAGCUAUAACGGAGCCACAAGUCUCCCUUCGAAAAUGCGUCGUGAAAAUUAAGCGCCUUAAACUCCAGGAAUCUCAAAAUGUUCAGCAUGAUGUGGAUACAAGUAGUUUUGAACCGCCUCGCAACUCGACGAUGUACGUUAAUUCCAAAGUACAGAAUAAAAUGAAAGAAAAUGUGGCAGGCCCCAGAAUAAAACCCUUUCGAGUGCGCCUCAAAAGUGUUAGCCCGACAAAGCCAACGCCGGAGGUUUCAAGCUCAAAACCUUCGCGCUUCUUCCACAGAUAUCAACCGCCUACAAGAACAAGGUCCUCGGUGACCCGCAAUGUCUUCGAUUUCCUAUCGGAGUCCCAGAUUGAAGAUGAUAUCAGAGAGGACCCCGCAGCCGACAUAAUUCAGCGCCUAGUGAAGGAUGGCAAGGCCUGCGUGAUGGUGCGAUCAACGAAAUCCGGAAAAACAAGGGCCAAGCCGAUCAAGAGAAAAAUAAGGCCUGUCGGGAGGCGAAGAAAGGUCUCUCUUAAGGAUCUGGAACCCGAGCGAGUCAAGAUGGUCCCCCAAGUCAAAGAGGUGCGCAUGACAAAACCAUCGUGUGCAUUGUCGCCGAUUUACGAGCCCGAAGACGAAUCAAGCAACGAUGCGGAUCCAGGCUUCGCCGCGCCGUUUGAAGUGCCCGUUCAGGUGCAUGACCAGCCGAGCACUUCAAAGCAAGCUCACGAUGGCGCGUACAGUAAUUUGGCGCGAUCCGUAAUGCUCAAUCAGACGCAGGCCCAAAAUCCUAAGAAUUUAAAGGACAGACGACGAGAGCUGAUUAACAUGGCGCGGCAGUUGGUAAGCACGCCAAUCAAUCGCAAGGCACCUCCGGUACCUGAAGCAAACGUAACAAAUGCUGCAAUAUCGCCGAUCACACGACAGUCUUUGAGUGCCGGUAGUCCGGCUGGAGCGGCAUCUCCUUGGCGGGUUUCCGAUAAGUCACCCUUGCCAAGUACCUUUAUGUUCGGCUUCAAUACCUCCCAGCUUCCAUCGUACUCCAGUGAUCACAUGCGACGACGGCAUGUCUAUUUGCCGGAUGUACAGACAGAGCAAUCUGAGGAGCCCGCCCAGGAGGAAUCCAUUUGUCCGGCUUUGCAUGAGCAAAGUAAUGGCUCAAAUGCGAACGACUCGAAUGAGGAGAAUCGCCCGCCGGUUGCAACUACUGAUAAAAAUAAUACACUAAAUGACCAGGAAAAUGCUGAAAAUGCGGAGAACUUUGUGCACUUGCCGAAUCCAAGGAAAACGCUGCAAAACCGUCAGCCAUUUAAGGACAUUAAUAUUUUAGAAGUAGUCAUUUUGCCGUCUUGGAAGAAGAAUGUGCAAAAUACACCUUCGAAGGAAAACACACCUAAUAAAGUGCCCAGCAAUCCAACAGUGACUGCAUCACCAGCACAACGCAGUCAGACGCGAGCGAAUCUUUUUGGAUUUGAUGAGAUUUUGCCAUGUGAAGAUAAUUCGAGAAAUACAAUGGAACCGCAAAAUGUUACAAACUCACCCUCUAAAGGUGUCACCCCAAACAGAGUAUCCUCAAAUUUUAUGGCGGCGGCCUCUACACCAAAUCGCAGUCCAACGCGGACGAACCUUUUUGCUUGCGAACAAAAUCAGCCAAGUAUACCAAGGAAGUCAACCGCACCAAGAGCCAGAACCUCUCAAAAUCUCUUUGGCUUUGAGGAAUUUAUCACAGAGAACGAGAAUGUGGAGUCCUCGUCUACCAUUUUAAGUCAAAACGAAACCCUGCACGAUAAACUCCACAGAUUAGCAGAGCUUCGGCCUACGGAGCUGCCAGAGAUUUCGUCAGCUCCUAUUUGCGGAGAUUCUCUUGGGGAAUGGCAAGCAAAACAGCGAGACAUUAGAGAUGUUUUCUGCUCUACAAUGAUUUGCAAUCCAGCAAUACCGAAACGAAAAGUUGCACCGGCUGCAGAAGAAUCAAUAGGGUUAUUUAAAGAAAGCGAAGCUGAGCCUGAGAUAACAUUUGACGAAAAGCAACCAAGGCGCACCUAUGUAAAGGAACGUCCCCAGCGCAAGCGGAAGAAACGAGUGCAGAUUUUGUACAUUGAAAGUGAAUCUGAGGACGAGAGCGAGCAGGACUCGCACGACAAAAGCUCUCCACUUAAGAAGCAACCGCAUAAACGGCCGCGUAGGGAUAUCGAGCAUGAGGCUAAGCUGCAAGAUUUCAUUACCAGUUUCAACAAGGAGUGCGAGGAAGUUGAAAAGUUUCCAGUGAUCAUUGAAUAAUCGCAUUGCAUGCAUUAUAUUCUUUUUUUAGUUAGGGGAAAAUAUUGUCGAUUUUAAUUUAAUUUGCUUUUGUUUUUUGAAUCAUUUGUAUUCGUAGCUAUUUGUUUGGUCUAGAAAUGAAGGAAAAUUGCGUUUCCUGAAGAACAGGUUAAUAAGAUAUUUUGUCGAAUCACUGUAAAAAAAAUGGGAAGUGUUUUCAUAUCAUUUCUGCAAUCCUAGUUUCUAAUUAUUCUAAAACCGUAUGCCGAGUAAAACUUAUUCGAUUCGAUAUUAUGAACAAUCAGUAUAAAUGUAUGAAUUAUAAAAAUUAUGUACAUUUAGAAGUUUCGAAGGAGUGCGAGGAAGUUGAAUAGUUUCCAGUGAUCAUUGAAUUAUCGCAUUGCAUGUAUUAUAUUCUUUUUUUUCUGCAGGUUAGGGGAAAACAUUGUCGAUUUUAGUUUAGUUUGCUUUUGUUUUUUGGAUCAUUUGUAUUCGUAGCUAUUUGUUUGGUCUAGAAAUGAAGGAAAAUUGCGUUUCCUGAAGAACAGGUUAAUAAGAUAUUUUUUCGAAUCACUAAAAAAAAUGGGAAAUGUUUUCAUAUCAUUUCUGCAAUCCUAGUUUCUAAUUAUUCUAAAACCGUAUGCCGAGUAAAACUUAUUCGAUUCGAUAUUAUGAACAAUCAGUAUAAAUGUAUGAAUUAUAAAAAUUAUGUACAUUUAGAAGUUUCGAAUAAACAACUUUAUUAUCCAAAACAAAA